CCAAACAACAGGGAAGACUGGAGUAAAGGUUAGGUCAGGCCUAAAAUCUUCAACAGCUGAAGGGAUACAGUGUAAGAGACUAGAGCAAAGCACCUACAGAGGUGCUGGCUUUCUGUUUGGGCUUCUUGCCACAACUGAAGAGCACCACUGCCAUGGCCUUCCUCUCCAGACUAGACCUUCAGGAAUGCCUCCAAACCCUGUCUGUUUUGCAGUGGCUCCCAGUCUACGUGUUUUUAGGAGCGAUUCCUGUUUUGCUUAUACCCUACUUUCUGGUGUUCACUAAAUAUUGGAUCUUGUCUGUGCUUGCCUUAGCCUGGCUCGCCUAUGAUUGGAACACUCACAGUCAAGGUGGUAGGCGUUCAGCUUGGGUACGAAAUUGGACCCUCUGGAAGUAUUUUCAAAAUUAUUUCCCAAUAAAGCUGGUGAAGACUCACAACCUCUCUCCCAAACACAACUAUAUCAUUGCCAAUCACCCCCAUGGCAUUGUCUCUUAUGGUGUGUUCAUCAACUUCGCUACUGAGGCCACUGGCUUUGCUCGGAUUUUCCCAGCCAUCACUCCUUCCGUAGGAACCUUGGAAUGGAUCUUCUGGAUCCCAAUUGUGCGAGACUAUGUGAUGUCAAUGGGUGUGUGUCCAGUGAGUGGCUUGGCCUUGAAGUAUUUGCUGACCCAGAAAGCCUCAGGCAACGCUGUGGUUAUUGUGGUGGGUGGAGCUGCUGAAGCCCUCUUGUGCCGGCCAGGCGCCUCUACCAUCUACCUUAAAGAACGGAAAGGUUUCGUGAAGUUGGCACUGAAGACAGGAGCGUACCUUGUCCCUUCCUAUUCCUUUGGAGAGAAUGAGGUUCACAAUCAAGAGAUCUUCCCUGAAGGCACGUGGAUAAGGUUCUUCCAAAAAACUUUCCAGGCCACGUUCAAAAAAAUCCUGGGACUAAAUUUUUGUACUUUCCACGGCCGGGGCCUCACUCAAGAAUCCUGGGGCUUCCUUCCUUUCAAUCGGCCCAUUACUACUGUUGUCGGGGAACCCCUGCCAAUCCCCAAGAUUAAGAGGCCAGACAAGACAACUGUGGACAAGUACCAUGCACUCUACAUCAGUGCCCUGCGCAAGCUGUUUGACCAGCACAAAGUUCAGUAUGGCCUUCCUGAGACCCAGGAGCUGACAAUCAUAUAACAGGAACUAGA